AUGGCUGCCAUACUUUAUGCCCUAAUCAGUUCUAUUAACUCUCCAACACCUUUAGUUGAAUACUCAUCAGCAAGUGGAAACUUCCAACAAUUAGCCCUCAAAAUUUUGAGUAAAAAAAUAACAACCCCAACAAUUUCUUAUUCUUAUGAAGAUAAAUAUAUCUUUCAUUGCUUAAAUAUCGAUGGCUUUACAUUUUUAUGCCUUGCAGAGUCUGCUUUUACUUAUAGGACUGCAUAUGCGUUCUUAUAUGACAUUAAAGAUAUUUUUAUGGAAAAGUACGGAGAAAGAGCUAAAAAUGCAAUAGCUUUCAGCUUGAAUAAAGAUUUUUCUGAUAUUAUUAAAAAGAGAAUGAUUUUUUUCAACACUGAUAAAAAUGCAGACAAGUUGAGAGCGGCAAGAGACAAUAUUGAAAAAACGAAAGAUAUUAUGAUAGAAAAUAUUGAUAAAGUUAUAGCGAGAGAAGAAAAAAUUGAAAUGCUUGUUAAUAAAACACAAUAUAUGAGCGAAUCAUCAUUUGAAUUUAGAAGAGAGGCUGUUAGAGUAAAAAGACAUUUUUGGUGGAAAAAUACAAAAUUCACUUUAUUAAUCUUUGCAAGUUUUAUGGUAAGAUUUAAGCAGAUUGUUUUGUUUUUUAUUUUGGUCAUUGCGUGUGGAGGCUUUAAUUUCAAAAAUUGCUAA